AUGGAGCAAAUCUUUAUAACACUUGCCUCUAAGUUUCUCAACUUUCCAUUAUUGAUAAUUUUAGUCUUUCAAGUUGCUUUUUUGUCAGUGUCUCUUUCUUCUUCUUCUUCUUCUUCACACUUGUGCCCUCCUGAUCAGAACCUUGCAUUGCUCCAAUUCAAGACUGCAAUUUCUUUAAGUAACUGUUCGGUUGAAGGUCCAUUUAUGAGCGGACCAAGAAAGAUUGUUUCUUGGAAGGAAGGAAGUGAUUGUUGCUUCUGGGACGGGGUUUCCUGUGAUAAUGUAACCGGAAAUGUCAUCGGCCUCGACCUUCAAGACUGCCAGCUUUAUGGCACAAUCAAUUCCGACACCACUCUUUUUCAUCUUUCUCAUCUCCGAUGGCUUAACUUGGCUCACAAUGAGUUUUGCAGGUCUGAAAUCCCCUCAACAAUCUCGCAGUUGGCUGAGUUGACACAUCUCAACUUAUCUUGGUCUGGUCUUUCUGGUUCCGUCCCUCAAGAAAUAUCCCAUUUAUCCAAAAUUGUUUCUCUAGACCUCUCUUCCAAUCGAGGUCUCUACUUGGAGAAUGCUGCUAUGAAGAGAUCGGUCCGAAACAUGACUAAUUUAAGGGACUUGGUGCUCGAUUUGGUAGACAUGUCUGGUGUUGCUCCUCAUUCUCUCGCCAAUUUGUCUUCUUCUUUGGUGUCUCUCGGUCUAGACAUGUGUAGUCUAGGCUACACUAACGGAGGAGAAUUCCCGGUUUAUAUAUUCCAAUUACCAAACUUGGAAUCAAUCCAGCUACGGUAUAAUCCUAUGAGAGGUCAUUUCCCCAAGUCUAAUUGGACUGCUACCCCUCAAGUUCUUACAAUGUCGCUCAAGUCCCUGCAUCUGCUAGGUUCUUUCACAGGAUCUAUUCCUGCAUCCAUUGGAAACCUUACACAAAUCACUGAUAUUCACCUCUCGGGUGGGAAUUUCACAGUACCGCCUUCCUUGUUUAAUAUCCCUUCAUUACAACGCUUGGAUCUUAGCUAUAAUAAACUUGAAGGCCAUAUUGAUGACUUUCAAGUGAAUGAAUCACGGCUGUCUUUCAUUGAUCUGAGCAACAACAAGCUCCAUGGCCCAAUUCCAAGGUCACUCUUUGGGCUUCUGCACCUGGAGAGACUCUUACUUUCGUCAAAUAACAUGAGUGGCUUUCUUGAUCUAGAGGUGAUUUCAAAACUCAAGAAUCUUACCUAUCUUGAUCUCUCAUACAACACCUUGUCCUUGAGCCUUCCUAGUAGCAACCGAAAUUUAUCCUUCCCCAUGUUUACUUACUUAAGUCUGUCCUCAUGCAACAUAAGUGAAAUCCCAACAUUCUUGAGAGAUUCAAAGUCUGUGGAAAGAUUAGAUCUUUCGAGUAAAGAAAUUCAGGGGCCUCUUCCAAAGUGGUUUUGGGGACUUGGAGAGGAUUCGUUGUCAUAUCUGAAUCUUUCACACAACCUUCUCACAAGUUUCCAAGGAUUUCAUCCAUGGAAGAGCUUAUCCGUGCUUGAUCUCCACUCGAAUUUACUUCAAGGAUCACUUCCAGAUGCAGUGCACUGGGCAGAUUUUAUUUUGAUUUCGAACAAUAAGUUCACAGGAGAGAUUCCUCCUUCAAUCUGCAACAACAGCUUUACUUCAGUUAUCGACUUGUCCAAUAACAACUUGAAUGGCAAAAUUCCACAAUGUUUGGGAAAUUUCAGCGAUUCGUUGAUGGUGUUGGAUCUGCGGAUGAACAACUUUCAUGGGGUAAUCCCUACCAAAUUUGUCCAAUGUAGAAGCUUAACGACUCUUGCCCUGAACGGGAACCAAUUGGAGGGAUCAUUGCCGCAUUCUCUUCAUAAUUGUAGAAAAUUGGAAGUUAUUGAUGUUGGUAACAACAAAAUUGGUGGUCAGUUUCCCUACUUGUUGAGAGCUCUUCCAAAGCUUCGGGUUCUCAUCUUAAGAUCCAACAAGUUCCAUGGUGCCAUAGUCAGCUCUAAAGCCAAACAUUUCUUUCCUAUGUUGCGAAUCAUGGACAUCUCUCACAAUGAAUUCACAGGGUCAUUGCCCACGAGGUUCUUCAACAAUUUAAAAGCUAUGUUGAGCGUGGGCAGCGAUGAACUACGGAAACUGCAAUAUGUGGGACCUGAAGACCGCUACUAUCGGAAUGAUGUGAAGGUUACCAUGAAAGGAAUUUAUAUUAAGAUGGAGAGAAUUCUUACCAUCUUCACCACCAUUGAUCUGUCCAACAACAAUUUCAGUGGGGAAAUUCCAAGCAACAUUGGCAAGCUUAAGUCGCUUAAAGGCCUCAACUUCUCCCAUAACAAUCUAAUGGGAUGUAUUCCAUCAUCGAUCGGUUCCUUGACGAACUUGGAAUGGUUAGACCUCUCUUCAAACCAACUUUCUUGCAGAAUUCCGCAGAAAUUGUUGGAUCUGACAUUCCUUGAAGUCCUGAACUUUUCAUACAACAAGCUUGAGGGACUAAUCCCACAGGGGAAGCAAUUCAAUACGUUUUCAAACGAGUCCUAUCGAGGAAACUCGGGAUUAUGUGGAAUUCCAUUGUCCAAAUUGUGCAACAAAAGUGAAACACGGCACCCUCCAGCACAACAACAGAAUGUUUCAUCAGGUUCAAUGUUUGACUUUGGGUGGAAAGUUGUAGUCUUAGGGUAUGGAUGCGGAGUUGCUUUUGGACUGAUUGUGGGGAAUGUGGUGUUUUCAACUGGGAAACCCCAAUGGCUGGUGAUGUUGGUCGAAGGGCUUCAACCCCGAAAGCUGAAACGGUCGAAACGAGCAUCAAUUUGUGAGAUCGAAAACUUAACGACUCUUGCCCUGAACGGGAACCAAUUAGAGGGAUUGUUGCCACAAUCUCUCAAUAAUUGUAAAGAACUGGAAGUUGUUGAUGUUGGUAACAACAAAAUUAGUGGUGAGUUCCCCCAUCGGCUUGGAACUCUUCCAAAGCUUCGGGUUCUUGUCUUAAGAUCCAACAAGUUCCAUGGUAGCAUAGUGAGCUCUAAAACCAAACCUUUCUUUCCUGUGUUGCGAAUCAUGGACAUCUCUCACAAUGAAUUCAAUGGCUCAUUGCCUACGAGGUUCUUCCACAAUUUAAAAGCUAUGUCGAGCGUGGGCAGCAAUGAACUAGGGAAACUACAAUACAUGGGACCUGAAGACCGCUACUAUCGGAAUGAUGUGAAGAUAACCAUGAAAGGAAUUUAUAUUGAGCUGGAGAGAAUUCUUACCAUCUUCACCACCACUGAUCUGUCCAACAACAAUUUCAGUGGGGAAAUUCCAAGCAACAUUGGAAAGCUUAAUUCGCUUAAAGGCCUCAACUUUUCCCAUAACAAUCUCACGGAAUGUAUUCCAUCGUCGAUUGGGUCCUUGACAGACUUGGAAUGGUUAGAGCUCUCUUCAAAUCAACUUUCUUGCAGAAUUCCACUAAAGUUGGUGGAUCUGACAUUCCUUGAAGUCUUGAACUUUUCAUACAACAAGCUUGAGGUACCAAUCCCUCUGGGGAAGCAAUUCAAUACAUUCUCAAACGAGUCCUAUCUAGGAAACUCGGGAUUAUGCGGAUUUCCAUUGUCCAAAGUGUGCAACCCAAGUGAAACACAGCAUCGUCCAGCACGACAACAAAAUGUUUCAUCAGGUUCAAUGUUUGAAGUCGGAUGGAAAGUUGUAGUGUUAAGAUAUGGAUGUGGAGUUAUUUUUGGACUGAUUAUGGGGUAUGUGGUGUUUUCAACUGGGAAACCUCAAUGGCUGGUGAUGAAGGUCGAAGGACUUCAACCCCGAAAGCUGAAGCGGUCGAAACUCGGUGGUAGACGCCGUCAAAGAAGCAACUUGCAGAGCAACGUGACUGAUGCUGCUUCUUGCACAACUUCAUCCUCUAGAACAUUUUUACUUUAUUUGAAGGUUUCUCAAGCUGAAGUGAAGAAUUUCUUUGAAUCAGCCUGUGGUGAGGUCACUCGAUUGAGGCUUUUAGGGGAUAAUGUGCAUUCAACUCGAAUUGCUUUUGUUGAAUUUGUCAUGGAUGACAUGUCUUCGUAA